UCUUAUUAACUUCAAAAACAAAAACACAAAAGAGAGAAAAACUUUUUAGAGAGAGAAAAACUUUUAGAGAGAGAAAACUAAUGCCGCCAUUAAUGUCCGCCGUUGCUUGACAUAGACACACACAUACACUCUCUCUCUCCACUUGUUUUCUUACUUUCAAACUUAGCUUAUCUUUAGCUCCUGUAGUUUUCUCCUCCUUUUGUGAUUUCUUUUUCUCUCUCUCUUCAUUAUUUUCUCAUUUUUGUGUCGUUUCUUCUACUCUAGGAUCUACGUAGACUAGAUUAGAUUCUCUUUUUUAUUUAGCUCUUUUUGGAAGUUACUACAUUUUGAAUUUGAAUUAAAUCCUUUGUGAAAAAGUUAAAAAAAUAAAAAUCAAGGGUUUCUUUUUACCUGAAUUUGUUUUUUUGUUUGUUUGCUUUAGUGCUUUUUUAAUGUAGCAUAAAAAAAGGAAGCAAUUUAAAUGACUGAAAAUGGAUAGAUUUAGGCGAAGAAGAACGCAUGCUAGGGUUUCAUCACCAGUUAAGGUUACUACUAUUGUUGAUCAAAGCUCCGAAGAUUGGUUUAUCCCAAUUCACCCAAAAGGUAACAAGAUAGUUGGGAAUCAGCAUAGGUUUCCGAACUUGGUGUCUCGUUCGAGCACUUGCAGUAGCGUUGCGAGUUUUGAGGAAAAUCAGCUUCCAUUUGAUUUGGGAAGAAGCAGCGCGGAGCUGCAAAGUGGGAUCACGAUGAAGAAGUUAUUGGCAGAUGAGAUGACUAAGGAAACUGAAUCUGGAAGACGAUCACCGAGUAUUAUUGCUAGAUUGAUGGGUCUUGAUGGGUUGCCUGCUCCGCUCAAUACUAACAAAAAGCAGAAGAGACUUUCUGAUAGUCACCAGCGGGGUUCCAGUUCAUCUGGGUUUCAGAAGAAUAUCAAACCUCACGACAAUCGAUCACAUAGGAAGAAUGGUACAGGGCAGCAGCAAUUCAAAGAUGUCUAUGAAGUUGUGGGUAGAUCAAAUGUGGAAACAAGAAACAACACUUCUCAUUCAUCUUCCAAUCGGAUAUCCAGUGAAGAUGAGAUUCGGUUCAUAAGACAGAAAUUCAUGGAUGUCAAACGCUUUUCUACUGAUGAAAAGCUUCAGCAUUCUAAGGAAUUUCAUGAUGCAAUUGAGUUGCUUGAUUCUAAUAGAGAUCUUUUGUUGAAGUUUCUUCAGGAACCUGAUUCAAUGUUUUCGAAACAUCUUCAUGAUCUGCACAAUGUUCCUGAAUCGUAUUAUGGGUGUAUGUUGGGAAUGAACUCAAAGAAUGCUUUAAAAUGUAAUAUUGAUGCCAUAGGGAGUCAGACAGGUGGCGAAGCUUCUCAGAAGAUUGAUAUUAGCCAUUCUCAGAAACAUUGGGGUAGCUGUAACCAUGACGUGUAUGAUAGACAUAGUGCAGAUCUGCAUAAAUCAAAUUUCUCAGUUGAAAGGGAUGAGGAAUCUUCUUCCAUUGCCACAAAGAUUGUGGUUUUGAAACCACACCUUGGUAAGGCACUCAAUAUUCCUAAACCUGCGUCAUCCACCAGUCCUUGUGAGCCACAGUCUGAUUUUGAGCUGUAUAAUGAAUGCUCGAAUCUGAAGCAUCUUGGGCCUGAAGUGAGGGGAAAGAGAAGCAAACAUGAUGACGUUUAUGGGAGAAAAUCUCGGGAAUCCAGAGAGCUAGCCAGGGAAAUCACCCGCCGAAUGAGAGAUCGAUUAGGUGUAGAUUCCUUUAAUGUUUCAUCAUCUGGAUAUAAGGGAUAUUCGGCUGAUGAGAGUUCACAUGAUACAUCAGAGAAUGAUUCGUCUGAAUCAGAGGUGAGUUUUGUAAGUUCCCGGACUUUAUCUAAUAGGACUAGACAUAAGAAAGUUUCAACAUUACGUUAUAGAGAGUCAUCAGUCAAUGUGGAGGGGAAAAAGAGACUCUCUGAGAGGUGGAAAAUUACUCAUAGGUCUGAAGAGCUUGGGGCUUCUAGUUCUAGUAAAGGCAGCACAUUGGGUGAAAUGCUUGCUAUUCCAGAUGUGGACAUAAGGCCACAAAGCUUUGACACUACAGUUGCACGGGAUGAGUGCAUUCGCAGAUUUGGGAGGAAUGAUGGAAUUGAAAAGUUGACUAAUCCUCUGGGUAUCAGCAGUAGGGAUGGUUGGAAAGAUGAGUGUAUUCAGAAGUUACCAAGGUCUAGAUCCCUUCCAGCUUCUGUUAAUCACCUUGGAAAUCCUAAAUCUAGCACAAAGUGUGAAGCAAUAACUGCAGAAAGGUUUUUGGUCCGGAAAGAAAGCAUUGGUUUUGUGAGAAAUAAGGGAAUUAAGAGGGAAAUUAGAAGAAAAGAUGGAUCUAUAUUGGAAAGUAAAAAACCCAGUGUUGAGAAAUCCCAGUCUUGUGCAGUAAGGGCGGAAAUAUUUGAUGAUGUACAUGAAAGUGAAAAUAUGAUGAAGAAUAGCUCUGAUGGGAAGGAUUCACCUGAUGUAAAAGCUGUAAUCUUAGAGAUGCCAUCCUGCAGGGAUGAUACACGUGUAUCCCACAAUCUAGAGGUGGAUAGCAAACAUGGAAACGUUUUCAGAUCUUUAAAUUGUCCAGAUGAACCGAUUCUGGUACAGAAGAUUCCUUCCUGUAUUUUACCACAAGAUGGUGCCUCUACAAGUGAUGUGCCAUUUUUGCCACAGGUAGGAGGUUCAUCUUGUUUGCAAUGUGCUGCAACUCAUGCAGAAUCUUCUGCAAGCAGCAAGGAGUCUGAGCAACCUAGUCCUGUUUCAGUUUUGGAACCUCCUUUUGUUGAAGAUAUUUCAUCUGGUUCAGAGUGUUUUGAGAGAGUUAGUGCUGAACUUCAUGGGUUGAGAAAGCAACUUCAACUACUUAAGCUGGAAUCUGAAGUUUAUGAUGAAGGAUCUAUAGUUCUUUCUAGUGAUGAAUAUGGCGAGGAAUCAACAGAGAUGCAUCGUAUCGAGCACUUUCCUCCAGUAGUUGGAGAGUGUUGGGAAUCUUGGUACUUGGUAGAUGUGCUGACUCUCUCCGGGCUUGACAAAACUGAUUGUGAGUUGUUUCUUGGAACAUGGCACUCCCCAGAUUGUCCUAUCGGCCUUUGGGUGUUCGAAGAUCUAGAGAAGAGAUAUGGUGAACUGGAGUCAUGUUUAAGAUCAGAACGGAGAAUACUGUUUGACCAUAUAAAUUUUCGAGUUGUAGAGAUCUCUCAGCAGUUUGUAGAUAUGGAGCCGUGGGUGAAGAAACCUAGAAAGAACAUUAGUCCUCAAUGGUUGAAAGAUGUAUUAAAAGCUGAGCUGCAUAAAUUGCUAGAGAAGCACGAAAACAAGACAGCGGAAAAUGACAUGGUGAUACUCAACGACAUGCAAUGGAUGAAGCUUGGAGAGCACAUGAGUGCUGUAGGUAGGGAUAUUGAGGCAUGUUUGAUAGAUGAAUUAAUAGUAGAAUGUCUUUCUGUGUAGAGAGUCUGGUAUAACUUCCAGUCUUUAUGUGAUCUAACUGUAUGUAUAUGUUUAUGAACUGAUCAAUGAUCUGUUCGGUAGAGAAUAAUAAGCUGUCAAAAAUCUUUAGGAAUCAAAUUUAAAAGAUACAAGGGUAGGAUGACGAAUCAACUGGUUAGCUCCAAACCUACAAGUAUAUGAAUUAUAUUGUUAAUGUCUA